UUCCAAUACUGGAAAGCCUGCAGCAACUACUAAAUGAUGAGUCAAUUCUUUAUGAGGUAACAAUUGCACUGCCAUUAACCAUAAGUUAUAGUAACUGAAAUACUAGAUCAUGCAAACAAAGACUAUUUAGGUAUAUUAUUCAUAGAUACAACGCCUUCUAGCCCAUAUUUUAGUAGCAAUUAACUUUUAAAUGGACAAGUGGUUUAAUAGGUUAACAUUUUCUUUUAUUAAUUUUUUAUUACAGGUUGAGAAUCCCCAUCAAAAAAAUGAUGAAACUUUGUGUGAUUUUUGUGAUGGUGAAGUUUUCAAAAAACAUCCACUGUUUAGUAGAGACCCAACAGCUCUGCAGCUCUUGGUUUACUUUGAUGAAGUAGAAGUAUGCAACCCAUUGGGAUCGAGAGCAAACAAGCAUAAACUUGCCGCUUUCUAUUAUACCUUGGGAAACAUACGUCCAGAGUAUCGUUCUCACAUAAACUCAAUCCAACUACUUGGCCUUGUAAACAGCAAGCAUCUGAAGACAUAUGGUGUGAAUGCUAUUCUUGAUGUUUUUAUGAAAGACCUUAGCAAAUUAGAACAGAAUGGUGGCUAUGAGUUUAUUAUUAAGGGGAAUCCAAGAAAGCUUGCUGGGACUAUCUGCUAUUUCUCAGGGGACAAUCUUGGGUGCCAGUGUGUUGGUGGGUUUAAACAAGGUUCUCAAUCACAUAGGAAGUGUCGCGUCUGCAUGGGUGUUGCUGCAGAGAUAACUGAAUGUUUUCACGAGAAAGACUUUGUACUGCGAACAAAGGAGAGUUACAAUGACCAGUGCCAGAGGCUUGAGCAGGGUGAUCAUUUCAAGAAAACAUAUGGAUUAAACCAAUCCUCCUUGCUUAACACUUCAAGAUAUUAUCAUGUGAUUGGUGGGCUUCCUGCAGAUGCAAUGCAUGACAUACUUGAAGGUGUUCUACAAUACAUUGUCAAGGAGUUAUUAAAAGUUUAUAUAAUUGAAAAGAAGUAUUUCAAAUUGGAAGACCUGAACAGAAGAAUUGAAGUUUUUGAUUUUGGCUAUCACAAUGACACCAAUAGGCCAGCACCAAUUUUACCCCAGAGGUUGGUGUCACAAGACAACAGUUUGAAACAACAUGCAAAUCAAAUGUGGUGUCUUGGUCUACAUUUGCCUUUUCUAAUUGGAGACUAUGUCCCAGAAGAUGAUGACCACUGGGAGUUGUUGUGCAUCUUACUGAACACCAUUAGAAUUGUCUUUGCACCAGUUGUAAGUAAGGAUCAAGUGGCAUAUCUCCAAGUGCUAAUACAGAAACUCCUGGAAACAUUUAAGGAUCUCUUCUCUGACUGCAGUAUAAUACCCAAAAUGCACUACAUGAUUCAUAUGCCAAGAACCAUGCUGGAACUAGGGCCCCUUGUUCGAAGUUGGUGCAUGCGAUAUGAGGCCAAACACCACUAUUUUAAAAGAUUGGCUAUAGUUAUUGGAAACUUCAUCAACCUACCAUAUUCACUGGCAAAAAGGCACCAAGAGGGUGUCUCCUAUCGACUUCAAUCUGCUGAAGGUGGUUCCAGCUCAUUUAUUGAUAAGGGAAUUGAAGUUGGUCCAGGCAAAAUAUCCUAUGUUGGUGAUGUUUUACACAAUGAGCUUAUAGAAGCCAAAACUUCUGGAAUUAAUAAGCAAACACCUUUAUAUGAGGCUAAAUGGAUAACAAUCCAUGGCACAAAGUACAAAGUUGGUGCUAUAGUCCAUAUUGGAUUUGAUGAGGAUGAAUUUCCACAGUUCUGGGCAAUAAAGGAAAUUUUUAUUGUUGAUAACGAUGUUGAUAAAGCAUUGUUUGUCGUCAACAAGAAGGAAAGUUUAACAUUUUCUGAACAUUACCAGGCUUAUGAGAUUUGUACUCCAAGAGAGAAGCACAUUGAAGUCGUCAACUGGGAGAAUUUCACUUGCUAUUUGCCUUUCAAUGAAAUUAAACGAUUUGGAAGUAAUUCAAGAUAUAUUAGUUUGCGAUAUGAAUUAGAUAAGCAAAAGUGUAAAUAG